AUGUCUCCAAUCGCUCCUGUUCGUGUCAAUGCUGCAUUCCGUUCAUCUGUGAACAAUGAAGCCUUCAUAUUCAUGAACGUAUUAUUGGAUUAUGCUCCAGGAUCCACUGAUGACAAAAUUUUGAAUGGGCCAUAUCCUAUUUCUGUUGCUUUUCAAUCACUUAAAGGCACACCAUUUGGAGAACAUGGCAUAGAAUGCGCCUUUGACACUGAUCGCAACGAGGCCUACAUCUUCUCCGGAAACCUGUGUGCCUACAUAGACUAUGCUCCACAUUCCUCAGAUGACAAAAUACUCAGAGGUCCCAUGUCAAUCCCUGACAUGUUUCCUUGCUUGAAGGGUACAGUGUUCGAGAAAAGGAUCGAUGCUGCAUUCAGGUCAAGUGUGAGCAAUGAAGCUUACAUAUUCACAGGAGACCAAUACGCUCGUAUAAACUAUGCUUCUAUCAGCGUGAGUUACCCCAAAACCAUUAAAAGAGUGCCUUGUUUGGCCGGCACGAUCUUUGAAAGCGGGAUUGAAGCUGCUUUUGCUUCUCAUAUCACCAAUGAAGCUUACCUCUUCAAAGGAGAGCAAUAUGCACGUAUCAAGUUUACUCCAGGCAAAAAUGAAGAAUAAAGUCAAUAAACACUUCCAUGUAGUACUUAUUAAUGUU